AUGUCUGAGACUUUCACAUCAUAUAAAGAACUACCGGAGAUCUUAGAUCAAGCAGUUCAAAAAGACAGUCAAAUUGUCAGCACACUCCAGCAAUAUAUUAUCGAAUAUGCAGGUGAUUUUGAAGCCAUGAAAACAAAAAUCGCAAAUUUAGCAUUUGACCCUCUUGUUUUCCAUGAUAAAGAUAAGCCUGCUGAUAGUCACGAGUUUCAUUCUGAAAUUUUUAAGAGAUUUCCUAAAAUCAGCGUAAAGUUUUUGCUCCAAGUAAAUUCUUAUGAACAUGCAACAAACAAGUUGAAGAAAUUCGCCAACAAACAGCUAGAAUCAAUGCAUGCUCACUAUUCUAACAGAAUAUCUACAAUCAAGCACAAUAUUGUUGAAGAAUUAACAAAAUAUAACCGCGCAAAAAAGGCGAAUAAAGAAGCUCGCACUAAGUUCAUUGAUGCAGGAAAUGCCCUUAAAGACGCUGAAGCAAAGGGAGUCAAAGAUCUUUCAAAGCUUAUUGAAGAUUUCAAACAAGCGAGAUUUAAUGCUAUAAAAGUCAAUAAUGAGUCAAUACAAAUUGCGGAAUCAAUCACUCAGAACAUCGAAUCGAUACUUUCUCAGAUAGAAGAACACGAAAUCUGGAGAACUGAAGAGGUUAAAUCCAUAUUACUAGAUUUUGCUUCGACAUUAACAAAUAUUGGUAACUAUUUUGUUACUUCAUCAUCAGAUGUUGAAUUUAUCGUCCAAGAAUUGCCUCUUGAAUCAGAUUCAAGCAUCAUUGCACAAUUUGAGAAAUUCAGGCCAGCUCAGACAGAUGACUGUUUCCAACCAUGGAAUGUUCAUCCACUUGCUUCGAAAUUCCUUACAAAAGAUCAAUUAUUCAAGAAAGAAGUCGAAUCCGGAAAUGUUCAACUUUUCUCUGUUACGGAAGACUACACUGGCAUCUCUGGCCAUCUCAAUGCAUACAAAGGUGAAAUUGUUUGCGGAAUGAAAGAACAAGACGAAGAAUUUUAUCUUUGUAAGAAUAUCAACGACAGUGUUGGACUUCUUCCGAAAUCAAUCCUCACACCAUUUGAAUAA